UGAAGCUGAAGCAAAAAUAAAAGCCAGUCUAGAAUGUGAACAAGAAAUUGAAGAAAAAGAAGAUAUACAAAAAUCUAAAGAGUCGUCAAAUGAAUAAUGUUAAUAAUUAAAGUUUUAUGCCUUUAUAAUACAAAAUAAUGAGUGUGGGUCCUUUGAUAACCGAAAUUGUUGUAGCAUUUUGUCUAGCAACAACCUUACUGUAUCGAUAUGGAAAUAUUUUUCGAAAUCAUAUUGUUGUCACCAUUUCAGUACUUAUCGCUUGGUACUUUUCAUUAUUAAUCAUAUUUGUAUUACCUUUAGACGUAUCAUCAACUGUAUAUAGACAAUGUGUAGAAUACAACAAUUACGUAAAUUCAUCAAAUUCACAUAUAGAUACUGGUAAUAUUACGACAAAAUGUAAAAAACCUUGGUCAAGUGUGCCUGAUGAUAUAUUCCCUAAUUUAUGGAGAAUAGUGUAUUGGACUUCACAAUGCUUAACUUGGUUAAUUCUUCCAAUAAUGCAAUCUUAUAUUAAAGCUGGUGAUUUCACUAUGAGAGGAAAAUUAAAAUCAGCUUUAAUUGAUAAUGCUAUUUACUAUGGAAGUUAUUUAUCGAUAUGUGGAAUUUUAUUGAUAUACAUAGCAUUGAAGCCAGAUUUAGAUCUUGAUGGACAAAAAUUAAAAGCUAUAGCUUCAUCAGCUUCAAAUACAUGGGGUCUUUUUUUACUAGUUUUACUUCUGGGUUAUGCUUUAGUUGAAGUGCCUCGUGGGUUAUGGAAUGCUAGUAAACCAGGAUUUGUACUUCAAUAUAGCUAUUUUAAAGCAUCCAAAUUAUAUUUGGAAAAAUGUGAAGCUGAAGAGACAGUUGAUGGAAUUCUGGAGUCACUGUAUAUGGCUUCAAUGGCUAUUGGUGCAAACCAUCCAUUUUACCGAAACUUAGAAACAAUUUUUCAAAAAGUUCCAGCUGAGCUAAAAGAUCGUAUGAACAGACGGCAGUCUUCUGAAGAUUCAUCUGCUAUAGUACCGUCUGAAAAAUCUUUAAUUCGAUUGCACAAACAAACUAUCAAAGCGUUACAAACUUUACAAAGAACAGAAACUCAAUGGGGAAUUCUAGUUGAAGAAAUAUUUCAUUUAGAAGAUAUUGCCAAAAAUCAAAUGAAUAUUGAAAGAAAAUUCAAUUCCUCUUUUCCUGUUAAUCGAUCAUUAUUUAUGCGAUUUGUCUAUAAUCCAACCAUAGAGUGGUAUUGGAAUUGUUUAAUCAAAAAUUACAUGCAAAAAAUUGCAGCUAUUAUUACCGCUUGUCUUUCUGUUGCUGUUGUAUGGUCUGAAGUUACUUUUUUCAAUAAAAGCCCCGUUUUAUCAUUGUUUGCACUAUUCUUGAAUCUUGCAAAAAUCAGCUAUGAUUACUUUACAAUUGAGAUUUUAUCAACAAUGACAAUAGCCUAUCUAUGUUACUGUGCAUACUCAACAAUAUUAAAAAUUCGAUUCUUAAAUUUAUAUUAUCUAGCUCCACACCAUCAAACAAAUGAAUAUAGUUUGAUAUUUAGUGGUAUGAUGUUGUGUCGAUUGACACCGCCCAUGUGUCUUAACUUCUUAGGUUUGAUUCAUAUGGAUUCUCAUAUUAUAAAAACUCAUAUAUUAGAAACACAUUAUACUCAAGUAAUGGGUCACAUGGAUGUAAUUUCAAUAAUAUCGGAUGGUUUUAACGUAUAUUUUCCUAUGGCAAUUUUAGCAUUUUGUUUAGCGACAUAUUUCAGUUUGGGAAGUAGAUUACUAUCUAUACUUGGAUUCCAACAAUUUCUCGAUGAUGAUCAAGUUACUACGGAUCAUGUUGAUGAUGGCAAGGAGUUGAUACAGAGAGAAAAACGACGAAGAUUACGAAUCGAAGAAUCGAAAAUCCGUCGACAACAGUUUCAAGGAAGAAUUAACAACCAAUCUUCAGUAAUAUCCCGGAAUAGAAAUUCUGUACAACGACAAAACACAGAUAUUGUACAAUCAUUGAAGCGGAAUGAUUCAAGUGAAUCAGUAAGAACCAGUCUUUUACGUGAUAUCGAUUCUACAGAUUACUCCAUGGGCACUACCUUCAAUACAUCAACAAAUUUUCAUGAUUUGGGUACUACCUACAGACACAGUGGAUAUCAAGCUGAUAAUUUAAAUGAUUCAUUAUCUACAGAGUCUAAUUACUCCGCACUACCAAGAAGAAUAUUCGACGAUGUUUAAUCAAAAUUAAUAUAGAUAAUGAAUUAAUUCUAUUAUAUAAAUGUACUAUUUAUUUCAAAGAACCAAUGGGCAAAAAUGAACUAGAGUUUAUUACACAUAAUAAUAUUUAUUAGAAAUCCAAAAAUAUUUUAUAGUUAUUUCCAUUUAUUAUUGUUCCACUUUGUAAUAUAAUAUCAUGUAUUACAUGUU